GGCAGUCGACGAUGAGAGGGACUCCGCCGAGCCGCGAGACAACAGAGGUGGAAACCGACGAAGAGAAGACCUCGGAACCUCCAGGAAAAAUCAAGGAAUUACUGAAGGAGUUCCAAGACAUUCUCCCCAACGACCUCCCGGACGAGCUACCGCCAUACCGAACGCACCAACAUGAGAUCGUGGAGGAACCACGUUCGAAGCCGACCUUCCGAGCACCAUAUCGGCUUAGCCCGACCGAGCUAGCCGACAUGAAGAAGCAGAUUGAGUAUCUCCUCGCCAAAGGACUCAUCGGACCAUCCACUUCCCCAUACGGUGCCCCAGUACUCUUCACACCGAAACCGGACGGAAGCAUGCGCAUCCACGGUAUUUUCAAAAUUAGAUCUGCGGUCCGGAUACUGGCAGAUAAGGAUGGCGGACGAUUCCGUUCACAAAACAGCCUUCCGAACUCGGUACGGAUCGUACGAGUAUCUGGUAAUGCCGUUCGGACUCACCAACGCACCGGCAACGUUCCAAGCAGAAAUGAAUCAUAUCCUACGCCCACUCUUGGGCGAAUGCGUGGUGGUGUACCUGGACGACAUCCUCGUCUACUCGCGCAAUAUGCAGCAACACGUCGAACACUUACGACGCGUCUUUGUAAUUCUUCGACGAGAACGGUUCUACGUCAAACUAUCCAAGAGCGACUUCGCCCUCGAGAAAGUCCAAUUCCUCUGACAUAUUGUAAGCGCUCAAGAAGUUCACGUCGACCCCAAGAAAAUCGAAGCCGUGCGUACGUGGAAGACACCCGAGAAUAUGAAGGAGUUACAGCAGUUCCUUGGCUUCGCUAACUACUACAACAGGUUCGUGC